AUGACCUUGAUCAGUGUUUGUUUCGAUUCGAGACGCAAAAAAAACAUUUUGAGGAGGUAAACAAAUUUUUUUUCUCAUUUUCAAUUCACAUGAAAAUCUGAUGAGAAAACUGAAGCUGCAGAUUUUGAUCUUGUUUUUUUUUGCAAUUCUUGACCUUUUGCAUCAGCCAAAAUAUGUCCUUGGAGGAAACCAGGAACUAAAAAAUUUUUCCGAGAUUUUUUUUUAUCAAUUUUUAGAACGUAAAAAAUUCGGGCAAAAUUGUAUAUGUCAAAAUUUUCAACUCAAAAAGUUUGGAAACAUUUUUAUAUAGUCAAAUUUUUAGCGCGAAUUUUUUUGGAACGUGAAAAAUCCACGUGGAAAAUUGAAGGAAAUUUGAAAUUUGAGAGACGAAGAAAUCCACGUGGCAAAAAAUUUUCAGCUGAAAAAAUGCUGAAAAUUCAUAGGGUACGAGCUCGGGUCAGAUAACUAUGUAUUAUGAAUAAACUAUUAUUAUAUAAAUGCCACGUGGCAAAAAAAAAACAAUCAGCUCAAAAAAUUCCGAAAUUUUUUUGUUAAAGAAAUGCCACGUGGCAACGAAUUUUAGCUUGAAAAUUUUUGGAAAAUUUUGCCACGUGGAGGAAUUUGGAAUUUUAUGUGUUUUUAAAAAAAAGUUUUUUUAAAUAAAGUAAAAUCCACGUGGCAAAAUUCGCAGAUGAAAAAUGUUUUCAAAAAAAAUUUUCCAUAAAAAUUGUUCCCAGGUUAACUUUUUUUUUCCUAACUUUUAAUCUUAAAAUUCUGAGAUUCCAUAUUUUCAGAUACUCCGAAUUGGCCAUCGAUUUCGAGAAUGGAAAAACAAAAAUUCGAGAUUUGGAAAAGAAAAACAAACAAUUGACAGAAGGACUUCCAGACGAAGUUGUCAAAAUGAUUCCCGAUGUUAUGGCAGCUGCUCAGAAAUUCGCUGAUGGAACAGUAACACCUUCGGAUAAAGUUGGAUUUUUAUGGUCGCUUGCUGGAAUGUUGAUGCCGAAUUUGAUGAAUUUGAAAGAUCAGAAAGAGAUUGAAGAUACGACGGGGUUAACAGCUGAAAAAGAGGCGCUCGAGAAAUUGGAAAAAUCGGAAUAUAAAAUAAAAGCGCUUCAGGAGGAAUUAUCCAAUGUUGUGGUAAUUUUUUGGGACAUUUUUUGGGUAGUUUUGAAUCGAACUUGACUCUGAGAAGUUUGAGAUCCUCAAUUCACAAAUUUUUAUAGGAAGAAUCAAAUCGAUUACGAUCAAUGAUUCGAGAAGAUCGAACCGGUGAGAAAGAGCAAGAAUUGGAGCAUUUGAAGAAGGAAUUGAUGGCUGCGACAACUUUGGCGAGGAAUCUUUUCGGAGAAGCGAUGUCCGAUAAACCGGGACAGGAUCCGACGACCACGUUGCAGAUGAGGAUUUUGCAAUUGGAACAAGCGAUUCAGGAGAUGAAGGAAGAGGUGAGAAUCGAGGAAAAUUGAAAACAAGAAUCAAAUUUCAAUCAAAAGUAUUUUAGAAUCUCUUUGAGAAAAAAAUGAAUAAAAGUUAGGAUAACUUCAAUUUUCAGAUGAUUUAUUCACAAUUUAUUUCACAGAAUAACAUUAUUUUAAAUUUUUGGGAUAGUAUUUUUUAGAUUUGAAAUUCUCUGGAUUACUGUAGAAUAUCGUAUUCAUUUUUGAUAAAUUCAAAAAAAUUUUAUUGGAAAUCUCGAAAAUAAAUUUUGAAAAAAAUUAAUUUUAAUUUUUAAAUUUCCGUGACCCAGUUUUUGUUCACACGUUUUUAAUUUUAAAUUUCAAUUUGAUAAGUCAUUUCUAAAAUAUAACGGAAAAUUGAGUGAGAAAAAUCAGGUUAGAAAAUAUUAAAAUUAGAUUCUAAGAAUAAUCCAAAAUUUUCAAAAUUUCCAGCUUUCCGCCAAACAAGACACCAUCGAAAAACUGCAAUUCACAAUCGAAAACAAAGACGAGAAAAAUCUGGAAAUCCUUACUGAACUCAAUCGAUUCAAAGAUCAAAUCUUCGGAAGUUCACGAGAUGAAAUAACUCGGCUCGAGACACAAAUCAAAUUUCGAAAUGAGCAAAUUUCGGAGCUCCAACAACAUUGCACAUUGUUGCAAGUGGAGUUAGGACAAUAUGCGGAUAACACUUAUAAGAGAGUUGAGGAGGUUAGGAAAGGGCCAAGGCCUAAGAAAUCUGAAGGGCCUACAACUGGGCCUAGAAUUGUAAAGGUCAUAGAAGAGCCUGAAGUUGAGUCUGAAGCUGAAGUCGAGAUCGAAAUAAAAAGCGAAGAAAAAAAGAUGGAAGUUCCAAAAGAGUUGCGGUAACUCCCCAGAAGAAACCAGAUUUAUCGGAAGUUGCUAGCCAGGCGAUGCUUAUUUCGAAUUUGUAUUAUGAAAUGAUGGAACUUUUGGAAGAACUUUCAAUCAAGGAUAAUCAAUUAGCUGAACUUCAUAAUAAUUGGAAACUUACUCAAAAAUCAAAUUUGGAACUAAAAAGUCAAUUGGAAAUGGCGUAUGAAGAAGUGAAAAAUGCGAAAAAAGAGAGAAUAAAAGUGGAAGAGAGUAUAGAGAAAGAGAUGAAUUAUACAGAAGGAAUUGAAUUGCAAAGAUUAGUUGAAUCAAUAAAUAUUGAUGGAACUGAAAUGGAAAGAAGAUUGGGGGAAGUGACGAGGAAAUUGAUAACUGAAAAAAUGGAACGAAUUCGAUUGACUAGGAAUGCAAAUAAUUUGAAGUCAAGGAUUUCGAGAUUAGAAUGGGCGGGAAGGAAACUCAGAGAGAGCAUGAGAGAUGGGGAGACGCAGACGGCGAGACAAAUUGUGCAUUUGAGGGGGGAAUUGGAUUUGGCGAUUUGUGAGAUUGGAAAAUUGCAGAAUAGGAUUUUGAAGAGUGUUGGGGUUGAGGAAUAUGAUGAGGUGAUGAGGAAGUAUAAGAGAUUGUUGAAGCAACAGGUUGGAGUGGAGUCGAGUGAUACGGUAGGGUUUGGGGGGCGGGGGGGGGGGGGGCUUUUUUUUUUGAGAAAAAAAAGUUUACAAAAAUUUACUGUUUCAACAUUAUAUUGUAUUUUUGAAACGGUUAUAAUAAAUAAUAAAUUUUUAGCAAUUUCACAAAAAAUUAGAAAAAUUGUGAAAAAAAUUACUGUUUCAAAACUUUUUGAAUUUGAUUCUCAAGAAAAAUUAUCAGUUCGGCUAUGAAUCAGAAAAUUCGAAAAAAAAAAGUUACUGUUUCAAAUUUUUUAUAACCUUAGAUUAUUUUAUUUAAAAAAUAAUAGUAAUGCGGAUUCACUUUUACAAGUUGAGUUUUUGAGUUUCACAAAAAAUGCUAAAAAUUUCAAAAAAAUUAGAAAAACUGUGGAAAAAAUUUACUGUUUCAAAACUUUUUGAAUUUGAUUCUCAAGAAACAUUUUCAAUUCUAAGGUCAUUUUUUUGUAGAGAACAAAUUCGAAAAAAAAUUCACUGCUUCAACAUUUUUUGGUACACUUUUCUAGCCAGUUUAAAAUUUGGUCAGUAAAUCCAAUGUCGAUUCUUUCAAAAAAAUUUACUGCUUCAAAACUUUUUGAAUUUGAUUCUCAAGAAAAACAUAUUUUUCAAAAAGAAUUUUUUGAAAAUGGAAAAAAUACGUUUCAAUAUUUUUAUGAUAUUUUUUGAUAAAAAAAAACGAUAUUGAAUACAUCGUUGACUUUUUUAAUUCAGAAAAACAUUUCAAAAAAAAAAUUAGAUAACUUUUUGAAUUUCAUUCUCAAGAAACGUUUUUUUUUUUUUGAAAAAAUUCUCACUGUUUCAACGUUUUUUCAAUUUUUUCUUGGCGAACAAAGUUUUGCUGUAAAAGUGAUAGGUCAAUAAUCUAGACAAAUAUUUUUUGAAAAAAAUUACUGUUUCAAAUUUAUUUGAAACUUUUUUUUGAAGAAAUAGUUUUUAGUUUGAGUGUGUAGAUAUUGAUUUAAAAAAAACUUAUGGAUUUCGAUGAAAAUUUUUUCAUUCAGAAAAAUUCACUGUUUCAAUUUUUUUGAAAUUGUUUUCAAGAAACAUUUUUUUAAUAAAAUUGGUAACUUGGUGUCCACAAAAUUUUUACGCCCGAAAAAUUUUGCAGAGCAUUCCUCGUCCAGAUAUUUCAAUCCUCACAAAAUCAGUUCAAGAAUCGGAAGCUGAAGCAAGAGAAGAUAUGUUGAAGGUUUGGAAUUUCUAUCUAACUUCAAAACCUCCCGAUUUUUCAGAAGAUGUUAGACAUCGUCACCGGUCAAUCUGAAUUCUGGAAUCGCGAAGCCGACAUUCUUCAAGCCGAAAACAACGAACUCAAACAAUUUCUCGAAGAUCUUGAAAACGAAAAUGAUUCGAAAAGUGUGUUGAGUUCGAUAGAGCGCCGUUUACUCGACACAAUUCGUGAUCUACGAGACAAAGAGACGCAAACAGCGAGAGAGAAAAAGAGGCAGAGAACAUUGGAGAAUGAGAGAGUUAGAGAUUUUGAGAAAUUGAAGAUGGAGCGGGUGACGUUGUUGAAUGUUAUUAAUGUUUUGCAAAGGGAGAAUAAGGUAACCUAAAUUUUUGGGGCUAAAAAAGUGUGCGGCAGUUGCAUUUAGGCCACGCCCACUUGAAAAACUUCCAGAUAAUUCGCAAUCAAUCAAUGGGAAGUGUCAGCUUACAACAACUCGAAAUUUUGAGAAAUAAAAUAAUCGAAACGCAUGAAAAUGAAAUGGUUUGCAAUAAUAUGAAAAAUGAGAUUGAAAAUCUGAAAGAAUCAACAAAUAAUGAAUAUUUGAUGGCGAAAUCAUUGAGAAAUGUGCUGGAAAGUGAGAAUAAUCAGGAAUUGUCGGAGAAUACGAUUAGACAACUGCAACAUGCGUUUUUCAAUGGAGCACAGCAAGCAGCCAAGUGUAGGAUUUUGGAGAAAAGUGUGAGUUGGAAUCGGGGAACGGGGAGGGGGGGGUAAGAAUUGUACUUGUAUUUCAGUAGAAAAUUUAAAAAAUCGAAAAUUCAUAAGCCAAUGUUCUGAAACAAAGCAAGUUCGAAGAAUUCACAUAAAAAUUGGCGAAUUGUUCGGAGAAAAAUUCACUGUUUCAAUACAUUUUCAAUACUUAUUCAAGAAAAAAACCUGAUGGUCUAGAAUGAAAGCAAGACAAAAUCACUAUAUCCAAUUUCCCAUUGAAUUUUUCAGAUUUAUUUGAAAAAUCGAAAAAUAUUUUUGAAAAUCACAAAAUCAAUUUUCUGAAGUCCGAAAAAUCACGGAAAAUGUAUCACAAAAUUUUAUUAAAAAUAUUAAUGUUUCAACAUAUUUUCAACACAUUGUUUUUCGAUAAAUUCAAGUUUCAUACCUGAUAAUCCAUUCAAAUUUGGAAAUUCAGGUUCAACAUUUAAAGAGCAAGUUGGUUUUAAAAUUUUUUUAAAUAUUUCUGAAAAAAAUCACAAAAUCAAUUUUCUGAAAUGUAGCAAGUUCCUUAAAAUUAAAAAAAAAUUAUCGAAAAUAAAUAUGUUUCAAAAAAUAUCACUGUUUCAAUAGAUUUUCAAUAUUUUUUCCAAAUCAAAAAAAAUUGUUUCACAUGUUCCAAUUACAUCUAAAAAAUUUCCAGAUCCAUCUGAAAGAGCGAAAAAUGACAGAACUCAACGAGGAACUGGAAGAACUCAAAAAAUGGAAUAUGGAAUUAUUAGUAGCCGUGGAGAAUUUCAGGCUACAAGAUUUCUCGAAAGAAAUUGAUAAUUUGAAACAGCAAAAAGAUAAUCAGAGUGAAAUUUUGCUUCCGCCAAUUAUUGAACAAGAAAAAGAAAGUGAUUAUGAAUCGGAAGGUAUUUAUUUCAAUUUUUGUACAUUAAUUAAUUAAUUAAAAAUUUUCAGAAUCCUCAUCUUCUCGCGAAAAUUCCUCUCGAGUCAUAGUUCGAACCAUAGUUCAAGACAAUCUGGAACAAUUCGAAUAUCGAAUCAAAGAACUUCGAGAUUCUGCACAAAUUGCUCUUCAAGGGUACAAAGAUCAAAUUGAGAUGAAAAAUCAGGCGAUCGAGAGAUAUAAACGACUUUUGGCUGAAAAAAUCGAUGAGGAAGCGCAGAUUGAGAUUGUGGAGAAAAUUGAGAUUAGGAAGGUUGAGGUGGAUAAUCCGAAAUUGUUGGAGAAAUUAGAGAAAGCGGAAAAGGUUUUGGAGAAAAUGAGAAAUGAGAGAAAAGAACAUGUUGAAAUUGAAAAGGAGUUUGAUGAAAUUGGAUGUCAGACUGAAUUGGAAACUUCUGAAAAUCUUACUGAAAAACACCACGAAGAAAUAGAAGAGGAAGCAGAAGAGCCCCCAGAGAACAAUGAAAAAGAGACAUUUCGCCUUGAAAAUUUCCAACUUCGCGCUGAAAUUCGAGACUUAAAAGGACGACUCAGGCAAUUAUCAAAAAAUAAUAAAGAAUUGUUGAUAACUUGUGAAAAGAUUAAAGAGGAUGCGAUGGAAGAAUUGACGAAUUUCAGGAGGAAUAAUGAGAAUUCGGAUGAGAGAAGGAUAUCUGCAAUGAGGUGGGUUAUUCUAGAUUUAAGGGUAGGGGAGGUUUCUAACUCAUUUGAAAGUUUUAAAAACUGAGAAAAUAUAUAGGAAUAAUUUUUGAGUAGAAGAUCUCCGUAAAUCAUCUGUAAAAAUUACAAAUUUUCAUUCAAAAAUAUUCUGAAACAGUGAAAAAUUGAGACGAAAUUUUUUGAAAAUUUCAGUAAAUUUCCAGAAAGUUAGUUAACUUCUAGAUACAACUUUGAUAAAUUCACUAAUUACUACGAGAAUUCUGAAUUGGCAUUUAUUAUUUUUAAUUCCAUAAGAUAGCAUUUGAGAAAGCACUCGGGAAAGCAAUUUUUUUGUUUAUCAAAUUUUUGAAACAGUAAUUUUUUUUUAAUUCGAAAAUUUAUUUUUUUGCUAAUACAUACGUUCAAUCACCAAAUUUUCGGAAAUUCGAGUUUUCUAAUUAUUAUUUUUUGAAACAGUGAAAAAAAUUAAUGUGAUUAUUGUUUUUGUCUUCACGGCCUUUAAUAUUCAGCAAAACUAUUUUUUAAAUUCAAUAAAUUUUGGAAACAGUAUUUUUUUGAAUAAAAUAAAUCUCGAAGUUUUUUAGCUCAAUAGUGUCAAAUACUAUUUUUUUUCAACAUUUUUUUUGAAACAGUGAUUUUUUAAAUCUGAGAUUUUUGAAAAAUUUCGGCUCAUUUGGAAACUGAAAAUUCUGAAAUAUUCUUUUUUUUUCUCCCAAAUAUCCAUUUCCAGAAUCGAAAUCGAGCGUCACAAAUCUACAAUAAUCCAACUUCGUCAAUCAAACGACACUCUAAAGACAGAGAUCACGCGACUUCGCCCAAUUUCGGAAUCACAUGCGAGAAAAUCGGCAGAAUCUGCGACAGAAUGGGAGAAGCGGAAGAAACAAGAAGAAAUUAUUGGGAAUUUGAGAAAUCGCCUGAAAUGUGAGUUCGAAAUUCAAAUUCGGAAACACAAUUUGUUUUGGAAAAAGUACCGUAAAAAGUUCGUAGCUUAUGUUAUUGUACCUAGAGAAUUUGUAGUUCGGGUUACUGUACCGACAAUUUUUUUCGUUAGGGUUACUGUAUUUAGAGGUUUAACAAUUCGUUGGAGUAGAUCAGAGCUCAUUGCACCCAAAAAAAAUUUGCAGUUCGGGUUACUGUAUCCAGAUAAUUUUCAGUUCAAUGCCUAACUAAUAUCUAUCACUAGAACUUAUUGUAUCUGAUACAUUUUCAUUUGCAGUUCUGAUUACUGUAGGUUUUGUAGCUCGAGUUACUGUAUCUCGAGAUUUUUUAGUUCAAUUCAAUAUUUAUCUAGAUCUUAUAAUAUCUGAAAAAUUUACAGUUAGGGUUACUGUAUGUAACAAUUUUGUAGUUCGGGUAACUCAUAGUCACAUUUCAUUUUUCAGCUCUGGAAACAUCUGAAAAACAAUUUCUAGAUCGAAUUGAAAAACGCGAAAAAAUUAUUGAAACUCUGAAAAGAGACCAGAAUACAAGAAAUCAGGAAAUUGAAAAAUUAUCGAAAAAAUUGAAAGAAACUGAUGUGACAACAAUUAAAAAUCAACUGAAUUCCACGUGGCAAAAACGAAUAACUGAAUUAGAAGCAAAAUAUCAGAAAAGAGAGGAUGAAAUUCAACGAAAAAUUGUUGUGCCAAAGAAAGUUGUCAAAUCUACAGUAUGUUCUGGAACUCAAACAACUACAGUACCUACUUUAAAGGAGCAUAUCAGAAAAGUAGAUCAUUCCAAAAUAUCAGUGAAGAAUGCGAAAGUUCAAGUGAAUUUGGAGAUUUCGAAAAAUCAAGAAGAUGUUAGGAAUAUUUUAAGAGUUGUGAGUUUAAUUUUGACCUGAAAUUAAUUUAAUUAAUUUUUUUUCAGACGGAAAAUCGAUUUGUUGAAAGUCAGGAAAAAUUGCUUGAAAUGGAGAAGGAUUAUUUGAAUUUGAAUGAGAAAUUUGAGCGGCUCAAAUUGAGAUCAGGUAAUUUUUUCACCAACAUUUUUUUUAAAAUAAAAAUCAAUUCCAGGUCGAGAAGAAAAACCGACCGGUGCGGUUUUGGUUUUGUCGGAUAAAUUGCAAGCCAAAGACAGGGAAAUCGCUCAACUUGUAGGUUUUUUUUUUCGGAAGAAAAAAUUAAUUUGAACAGUUUUUGCAGAAAAAUCAAAUAGCUCAUCUUCAACGAACUGUUCAGUUGCCAAUUUGA